GUGCAGAUGGCUCGGAGGUCGUGGUCCAAGCCAAGCGGCCUGAAAUCAAGCAGGGGCCAGACCGUACCAGUGCACUCCAGGCGCCAAUCAUGUUGCUCACUGGGCAUGGGGACCAGGUGUUCACAAUGCGGUUCAAUGCCGAGGGUGACGUGAUUGCCUCGGGCUCGCACGACAAGCACAUCUUCUUGUGGCGCACCUAUGGCGAGUGCGAGAACUUUAUGAUGCUCAAAGGCCACAAGAAUGCCGUGCUGGAGGUACACUGGACACCGGAUGGUGAGGAGUUGAUCAGCUGUAGCCCGGACAAGACGGUGCGGGUGUGGGACGCAGAGACGGGGACGGAGGUGAAGCGGCUGCAGGAGCACAAGGACAUUGUGAACAGCUGCUGCCCGGCGCGGAGAGGACCUCCGCUGGUGGUGUCUGGCGGUGACGACUGCCAGGCAAAGCUGUGGGACCUUCGCGCACGCAAUUCAGUCAAAACCUUUGACGAACGCUACCAGAUAUUGAGUGUCGCCUUUUCAGAGGCGGGCGAUCAGAUCUAUACGGCAGGCAUUGAGAAUGUGGUGAAUGUGUGGGACCUUCGGCGUGAAGAAGUCAGCGUGAGUCUGGCAGGGCACAGUGACAGCAUCACUGGCAUGCGGCUGUCCCCUGACGGCACACACCUGCUCACAAACAGCAUGGACAAUACGCUGAGGGUGUGGGACAUGCGGCCUUAUGCACCUGCAAAUCGGUGCACCAAGGUAUUUGCGGGCCACGUGCAUACCUUUGAGAAGAACCUGCUGCGCUGCGACUGGAGCCCGGACGGCGAAAAGGUGACGGCGGGCAGCGGCGAUCGGUGCGUGUACAUCUGGAACACCACCACACGUGCGCUCAUGUACAAGCUGCCGGGGCACAGCGGCAGCGUGAAUGAGUGUGUCUUCCACCCAAAGGAGCCCAUCAUCGGGUCCGCCUCCUCCGACAAAACCAUCUAUCUGGGCGAGCUUGCGCAGUGAGGAGCAUUAUGGCAGCGGCUGCCCGAUUUGCAUUACGCGAUGACACUCACGCUUGUCGUUGUUGAGAUCUCAAUUAACACACUUUGGACCGGC